AUGUUGCCCGCCCAGAGGAACAAGGUCGACAUCAGUUCGCUGUCGGAAGAGGAGCAGAAGCUCUUCCGCCUCUACGGGAAGCUGCCCAACCGCAAGGACCUCCUCUCCAACAAGCUCAAGGAGCGGAAAUACUUCGACUCUGGCGACUAUGCCCUGUCCAAGGCGGGCAAGGCGCCGCAGCAGUCGGUCGGCACCGCGAUCCCCAACCCUGAGAUGAUCCCGCACGCAUCGACGGUCACCUCUCCUGGCGCCAACGCCUCGUCGCCCGCUGGCUCGAUGCCCGGCAACCUCGGCGCCUCGGCCUCGAGCCCCGUCAGCGUACCCGGCUCUGGCGGCCUCGCUUCCAGGCCCCAGGUCAGCGCUUUCCCCAUCAGCGGGGGCGGCUCCAGCCCCGGCAAGGAGAGCAGCAGCCUCGGCCGGGAGCACCACGUCAUCAACGCCAACGACGACAGCAUGCUCGAGGACUGA